GCCUGGGCGGAGCGCAGAGCGCGGGGCGCCGGGGAGGCUGCGCCGGAGCACCGGCUUGGUCAGGCCGGAGCGGGCCCAGCAGACGCGAGCAGGCCGGGCCAAGAUGGCGGUGCAGGUGGUGCAGGCGGUGCAGGCGGUUCAUCUCGAGUCUGACGCUUUCCUGGUUUGUCUCAACCACGCUCUGAGCACAGAGAAGGAGGAGGUGAUGGGGCUGUGUAUAGGGGAGUUGAAUGAUGACACAAGGAUUGACUCCAAAUUUGCAUAUACCGGUACUGAAAUGCGCACAGUUGCUGAAAAGGUUGACAACAUCAGAAUUGUUCACAUUCAUUCUGUCAUCAUCUUGCGACGUUCUGAUAAGAGGAAGGACCGAGUAGAAAUCUCUCCAGAGCAGCUGUCUGCGGCCUCAACAGAGGCGGAGAGGUUGGCUGAACUCACAGGCCGCCCCAUGAGGGUCGUUGGCUGGUAUCACUCCCAUCCUCACAUUACCGUUUGGCCUUCACAUGUUGACGUCCGCACACAAGCCAUGUACCAGAUGAUGGAUCAAGGCUUUGUAGGACUUAUUUUUUCCUGUUUCAUAGAAGAUAAAAAUACAAAGACUGGCCGGGUACUCUACACUUGUUUUCAAUCCAUACAGGCCCAAAAGAGCUCAGAGUCCCCUCAUGGUCCACGAGACUUCUGGAGUUCCAGCCAGCACAUCUCCAUUGAGGGCCAGAAAGAAGAGGAAAGGUAUGAGAGAAUCGAGAUCCCAAUCCAUAUUGUACCUCAUGUCACCAUUGGGAAAGUGUGCCUUGAGUCAGCAGUAGAGCUGCCCAAGAUCCUGUGCCAGGAGGAACAGGAUGCAUAUAGGAGGAUCCACAGCCUUACACAUCUGGACUCAGUAACCAAGAUCCAUAAUGGCUCAGUGUUUACCAAGAAUCUGUGCAGUCAGAUGUCAGCAGUCAGCGGGCCUCUCCUACAGUGGCUGGAGGACAGACUGGAGCAAAACCAACAGCAUUUGCAGGAGUUGCAGCAAGAAAAGGAAGAGCUUAUGCAAGAACUUUCUUCUCUAGAAUGAAGCAGGAGACGAAAUGAGGAAAGAUGAAAAAAUCCAGUGUAAAAUUAAUUAAACUAAAUCUUUUGAAGAAGAAAAAGUUGGAGGACUCACAUUACCCAACUUCAAGACUUACUAUGUAACUGCAGUAAUCAAGAUAGUAUGGUAUUGGCAGAGGGGUGGACACACAGAUCAAUGGAACAGAAGAGAAAACCCAGAAAUAGACCCACAUAAAUAUGCCCAACUGAUUUUGACAAAAUGGAAGAGGAAUUUAAUGAAGUCUUUUCAACAAAUUACGCUGGAGCAAUUAGAUGCCCAUAGGCAAAAAAAAAAAAAAUGAACCUCAACCUAAACCUUAUACCUUAUGUGAAAGUUAACUCAAAUGUAUCAUGGACUUAAAUGUAAGGUGCAAACUAUAAAACUUUUAGAAAAAAAAAUCAUAGUAGAAAACUCUUUAGGAUCAUGGGCUAGGUGACAAAUUCUUGGACUUCACCCCAAAAGCACAAUCUAUGAAAGGAAAAAGUUGAUAUGUUGGACUUCAUCGAAAUUGAAAAUGUUUGCUCUGUAAAAAAUUUAAGAAGAGGAAAAGACAAGCUACAGACUGAGAGAAAUUGUUUGCAACCCAUAUAUCUGAUCAAUCUGAAAUAUAUAAAGUGUACUCAAAACUCAAUAAUAAAAAACAAUCCAGUUGGAAAAUGGGCAAAACAUAUGAGUAGACCUUUCACUGAAGAGGAUGUAUGGAUGACAAGUAAGCUCAUGAAAAGAUGUUGAUAUUCAUAAGUCAUCAAGGAAUGCAAAUUAAAACCACAAUGAGAUAUGACUUAACACAAUGACUAAAUUAAAAAUAGCAGAUAUAGUAAAUGCUGUUGAGGAUACAAACUGAAUUUGUCAUACAUUGCUGACAGGAAUGUAAAAUGGUAUACCCACUCUGGAAAAGAGUUUGGAAAUUUCUUAUAAAGUUAAACAUACACUUAGCAUAAGACCCAGCAGUUGCACUCCUGGACAUUUAUCCCAGAGAAAUGAAAAGCUAUGUUGGCUUGAAAACCUGUACACAAAUGUUCAUGGCAGUUUUAUUUGUCACAGCCAAAAACUGGAAACAAUGCAGAUGUCCUGCAAUGUGUGAAUGGUUAAACAAAUCAUCUAUGUCAUGGAAUACUACUCUGCAAUGAAAAGGAGCAGACUAUUGAUACACACAGUAACUUGGAUGGACCUUGGGGGUAUUAUGGUGAAUGAAAGAAGCCAAUCUCAAAAGGUCACAUACUGUGUGAUUGUAUUUACAUAACAUUCUCAAAAUGACAAAAUUAUAGAAAUGAAUAGCAGAUUAAUGGUCACCAGGGACAUGGACUGGAGGGGGAGUGGGAUAUGUAUGAUAGGGAUGACACAAGGAGUUCCUUUGUGUUAAUGGAAUAAUUCUGUGUCUGGAUUGUGGUGUUGAGUAUGUGAAUCUUUACCUGCGCUGAAAUUGUACAGACCUCCACACACACAGAUGAAUGCAUGUACAAUCUGGUGAAACUGAAUAAAGUCUGUAGUCUAGUUAGAAGAA